GACGUCAUUUCCUUCCGGUCCGUUACCCCUAUUUAUAUCAACGGCCAAGAUCACUAUUUCUUCACUUCAGUCAGUCUCCAUAGAAAAACAAGUUCUUUUUUCCCCUUUUAAUGGCGAAAUCACCAGAGGAGGUACACCCAGUUAAGGCCAUCGGAUGGGCUUCAAGAGACGCAUCCGGUGUUCUUUCUCCCUUUCAGUUUUCCAGAAGAGCAACUGGAGAGAAGGAUGUUACUUUUAAGGUUCUGUUCUGUGGCAUAUGUCAUUCAGAUCUCCAUCAGAUUAAGAACGAAUGGAAAAACAGUAUUUUCCCAAUGGUUCCUGGGCAUGAAAUUGUGGGUGUUGUGACUGAGGUUGGGAACAAGGUAGAGAAAGUUAAGGUCGGUGAUAAUGUUGGCAUAGGAUGCUUGGUUGGUUCUUGUCGUUCAUGUGAGAACUGUUCACAAGAUUUAGAAAACUAUUGUUCCAAACCGAUCUUCACUUAUAAUUCAAUCGACAAAGAUGGAACACCAACUUAUGGAGGAUAUUCAGACAUCAUGGUUUCAGAUGAACAUUUCAUUGUCAAAAUACCCGACAAUCUUCCUCUUGAUGCGGCUGCUCCUCUUCUCUGCGCUGGAAUCACAACUUAUAGUCCUUUAAGGUACUUCGGUUUGGAUAAGCCAGGAACUAAUUUAGGCGUGGUUGGUCUUGGUGGGUUAGGUCAUUGUGCUGUUAAGUUCGCCAAGGCUUUUGGUGCUAAUGUGACUGUUAUUAGUACUUCGAUUAGCAAGAAGAAUGAGGCGAUUGAGAGGCUAGGGGCUGACUCGUUCUUGAUUAGUAGUGAUCCUGAUCAGAUGAAGGCUGCGAUUGGGACUCUGGAUGGAAUUAUUGAUACUGUUUCGGCUCCUCAUGCUUUAUACCCGUUGCUUAGCUUGUUGAAGAGUCAUGGAAAAAUUGUUCUUGUUGGGGCGCCUGAAAAGCCUCUUGAUUUACAUUCGUUCUCGUUAAUCAUGGGAAGAAAGAUAGUUGCUGGGAAUAAUAUUGGGGGAAUAAAGGAGACUCAAGAGAUGAUUGAUUUUGCUGCCAAACAUGGUAUAACUGCGGAUAUUGAGGUUGUUUCGAUCGAUGAUGUGAACAUUGCGAUGGAGCGAUUGAUGAAGGCGGAUGUGAGAUACCGUUUUGUCAUUGACAUCGCUAACACUCUCAAAAACAAGUCCUCAAUUUAAGGACGGAGAAUAGUUAAUAAAUGUGUUUGUUGUUUAUGUGUUCUUAUUAUGUGUGUUGUUUCUUAUGUUUGUUCUUAUUAUGUGUGUUGUUGGUAGUUUGGAUUUGUU